GCCAGGAAGGGACAGUGCCUCUUGGUCACUCCAGCAGUGAUGGCCAGCAUGGAAGGGACAGAGCCAUGGGAGCCUAGUGCGGACGCUGAGGGCCCGAAGCAGGACUGGCACCAGCGGAUUUUCGUCAACCGCAGCCUGGCACUGGGGAAGAUCCGCUGCUUCGGCUUCGACAUGGACUACACACUGGCUGCCUACAAGUCCCCGGCCUACGAGACGCUGGCCUUCGAACUGCUGCUGGAGCACCUGGUGUGCAUCGGGUACCCGCACGAGAUCCUGCGCUACACCUAUGACCCCGGCUUCCCCACCAGGGGCCUGGUGUUCGAUGCGCUCUACGGGAACCUGCUGAAGGUGGACGCCUACGGGAAUGUGCUGUUGGGGGUCCACGGCCUCGCUUUCCUCUCCGAGGCGGAGAUCUGGAGCUACUACCCCAGCAAGUUCAUCCAGAGGGCUGACCUGCAGCGGUUCCACACCCUCAACACGCUCUUCAACCUGCCGGAGACCUACCUCUACGCCUGCCUGGUGGACUUCUUUUCCGGCUGCUCCCGCUACACCAACUGUGACACCGGCUAUCAGCAUGGGAACCUCUUCAUGUCUUUCCGAAGCCUCUUGCAGGAUGUGACCGAUGCCAUGAACAGCGUGCACCAGUCGGGCUGUCUCAAGCAGAAGACCCUGGAGAACUUGGAGAAAUACGUGGAGAAGGACGCUCGAAUCCCCGUCCUGCUGGGCAAGAUGAAAGAGGUUGGCAAAGUGUUCCUGGCCACCAACAGCAGCUACAACUACACGGAUGCCAUCAUGACCUACCUGUUUGGCGGUGGGGGGGCCAGGCCCUGGAGGUCCUACUUCGACCUGAUUGUGGUGGACACACAGAAGCCCCGAUUCUUUGCAGAAGGGACGGUGCUCAGGCAGGUCAACACGGACUCGGGGAAGCUCCGCGUGGGCACCUACACUGGGCCCCACCAGCACUGCGCCGUCUACUCGGGAGGCUCAUCGGACGUGGUGUGCGAGCUGCUUGGGGUGCGGGGGAAGGACAUCCUCUACAUCGGAGACCACAUCUUUGGGGACAUUGUCAAGUCCAAGAAGCGACAAGGCUGGCGGACCUGCCUGGUGGUUCCUGAGCUGUCCUGGGAGCUGGGCAUCUGGGCCCGGGAGAAGGAGCGGGAGGAGGAGCUGAAGAGGCUGGACACGCGCCUGGCAGACCUGUACCAGCACAUGGAUGGGAGCAGUGCUGGGCUGCAAGUCAUCAACUCCACCAAGAAGGAGAUUCGGAGGCUCACCCGGGAGCUGGACCUGUGCUACAGCACCACAGGCAGCCUGUUCCGCUGUGGUUUCCGCCAGACGCUCUUCUCCGGCCAGCUGAUGCGCUACGCCGACCUCUACACAGCCACCUGCCUCAACUUCCUGCACUACCCGCUCAGCUCGCUGUUUCAGGCUGCCCCGGAGCUGAUGCCACAUGAAUUGGCCGUGGAGCAAGAACGGGCCAGUCUGGAUGCUACCUCCUGCCCCCUUUCGUGCGGCCAGAGGGUCACAGGAAGGAGUGUGGACGAAGUGAAAAAGCCACUGUCUUGACACCUCCUCGAUGUAACGGACUCAGCUCCCAAGAACAUGCUGGGACAAGGGCAGGGGUAUUGCGUUUAUCCCAGAGGAUAUCCUCAUGACCUUGAGCCUGGAAUGGUGUGUAACCACUGCAGUUAUUUGACCCAGCUCUCCUGAGCUGUCUUAUGGUCCACGUCCAAUCUUAUUUCUAAAUAUCUCGUUAACAACAGUGUCUCUAGCACUUUUGAUUCUGUUACUUAGUAAUACCAAUAAAAUAUGAUUGGCUGUA